UAUAAAAGUGCUGUUACCUGCAGACUGGACAGUGUCGCCACAUCCUCGGCUGACACACUCUCCUCAUCUGCAGCUCACUGGCAGAUUCACACUGCAGGAAUGAACAGUGUCUCUUUGACCCCAGCCAUGCUCUCCUUCUCAACUCCAUCCCCUCUCUACCUGAGUCUCCUCCUCUUUCUGUCGCACCACUCCCUCGUUCUCUCCUGUGAGGUCACGGCCGAGUGCAAGUCCGCUCCCUUUGUGCCAGGCUACAACCUGGUGGGGGAGGGCUUUGAUGUGGUCACCCUGCGAAGGAAAGGAGCUUACACGGUCGACGUGAAGACUUACGCCACCCCAAAUGGCACCUGUAUCCUCCGUCGCAACCCUCUUCAAGGCAACGUGCUGCAGAAACUGCCGCUCUCUGCUGUAGACUGGCGCGCAUUCAGCCGCUGCAGUGUUCAUCUGUACGGCAGCACGCACAGCUCCGUCAGCUCACUACUUCUCCGACACAGUAAUGAUGAGAGCAACGACUGGAAAGUGGGACUAGACUGGAAGAAGUUUGUCGGCCUGGAGGUGGGGGGAACACGUUCCACUGCAUAUAACUUUGCUACAGCCAGGAGCAAAGAGGACCGCUACACCUUCAGCACUCACAGAGCCACAUGUAUCCAUUACAGUUACCGUGUGUCAGACACACCACCCCUCAGCUAUGAAUUCAGUAGGGAUUUGGAAAACCUGCCCAGUUCCUACAGCGACUCAACCAAGACCCAGUACAGACGGAUCAUAGAGACCUACGGCACACAUUAUAUCCGCCAGGCUUAUCUUGGGGGCCGAUUCAGGCGAGUCACAGCUGCACGUAUCUGUUUGUCCAGACUGAAUGGCCUCUCCUCUUACGAGGUGCACAACUGCUUGACACGGGGUAUCAAUGUAGGCCUGGGGAAGUUCAAACUGUCUGCUAAUCAAAACACCUGCAGCAAAGUCCUACAGAACCAGGGCAUCUCCACCUUGUUCAGCUCUGGACUCCACCAGCAUUACACAGAGGUGGUAGGAGGCAAAGGUUGGGUCGGGGAGUUUGCACUCACCAGGAACGACUCUGUGGGCUACCGAAAUUGGCUGAAAACCCUCAAGGACCUCCCAGAAGUUGUUCGGUACUCCCUGAGACCACUGUACGAGCUGGUGCCAAACCCGACAAAAAAGCAAGGACUGAAGGCCGCCAUAGAGCAGUACUUAAAAGACCACGGCAUCAAGAGCUCGUCAACACAACCGUUCUGUGGCUGGCAUGACCCUAACCUGGAUUCUAGCUGCUGUCCUAAACAGGCCUCGAAGGGAAGACUGGUGGUGACCAUCGUCCGAGCCUGGGGACUGAAAGGAGAUUACUGGGGCAGGACUGAGGGAUAUGCUAAGAUGUGGUACGGCUCCAUCUACCGCAAGACCCGUGUGAUCAGAUCAAACAGCCCUCACUGGAACGCACGUUAUGAUCUGGGCAAGGUGGACACACACUUGGGUCUGAAGAUUGAAGUCUGGGAUGAAGACUGGGGCAGAGACGACCGUCUGGGGUCAUGUACAAGGACCCUGAGGCAGGGGACGCACAGAUUCACCUGCCCAGCCAAGAGAGGCGGCAUCGAGAUCCUGUACACUCUCACCUGCGACCGCCACCUGACCGGAGACAGGUGCCAGCAGUACAAACCAUCUCGGUACUGAGCAAUGCAUUCUGGGUGGCACGCUCACACAGGUUUUUGUUUUUAUUUAUUUUUUCGGGCUUUUUGUGCGUUUAUUGGAUAGCACAGUAGAGAGAGGCGGGAAAUGGGGAGGCAGAGAGAGGGGAAUGACAUACAGGUAAGGGCUUGUCCGGUGCGGGACUCGAACCGGGGCCAUCUGCAGCGAGCUACUCGACGCCCCCCUCACACAGGUUUUAAGUAAAAUGAGUGUCACACCAUUCGGUUUCCAGUUUUAAAGAUUUGGUAAUACUUAUUCACUUCUGUAAUUUAAGCCUGUAUUCAGCAUCAUUUGUGUUUCUCAACUUAAAAUCAGUUGUAGUUUAGUGUUCAGCCAUGUUUGAUUAUUGGAGAGAUAGUAGUCCUGUUUACUGGGUGGAGGGGCCACAUUCGAAUCUUAGAUUCUGCUUUUGUCAUAUAAAGUUGCUGUUGAUUAUUUUCUGAAUACAUGUGUCAAAACUUUAAAAUCCUUCUGCUGACUUCUGUGCAUUAUCAGAGUUACUAUAUUUGUCUUGUCUUUCUCAAGCCAAUAAAAACUUUUGAAACUUAUUAAGUAUUU